CGCAAACCUCAUGUCAGGUCGCGUCCUGGCCGCGUCGCGCUCGACAUGCAGGGCUUAUACCCCACUACUUCGAAGCAGAUGUCUUUCGACUAGUUCAGUUAACUUGACUGAUUCGACCACCGAGAUACGUCGCCCGCGACGUAUCUUCUCCGGGAUCCAGCCGACAGGCAUACCUCAUCUAGGGAACUACCUCGGCGCCCUCUCUAACUGGGUCGCUCUCCAACGCGACGCCUCGCCCUCCGACGAGCUCAUCUUCUCCGUCGUUGGCUGGCAUGCCCUGACCAUGCCGCAAAAACCGAAGGAGCUGGCGAAGUCGAGGCAGGAUAUGUUGGCGGUGUUGCUGGCGAUUGGGCUGGACCCCAAAAGGGCGAUUAUCUUCCAUCAGGAUCAUAACCCCGCACACACUGAGCUGGCAUGGAUUUUCAACUGUAUGACUUCCCUUGGGCAGCUGAGAAGGAUGACUACUUGGAAGUCCAAGAUUGCGACGGCGCGUAACGCGAAGGACGAAUCAGAGAUUGACGAGUCGCAACUUAACGCGGGUUUGUUGACCUACCCUGUUCUUCAGGCAGCUGAUAUUCUGGCGUAUCGCGCGACCCACGUCCCGGUCGGUGACGACCAGACGCAGCACAUUGAGUUAUGUCGAGAUUUGGCAGACCUGUUCAACAGGCGCUACAAGGGUAAAACUACGAUGUUCCCAUUGCCACAAAUUAUCAAGACCCAGACGAAGCGCGUCCUCUCCCUGCGUGACCCCAGCGCGAAGAUGUCCAAGUCUUCGCCCGACCUAAACUCCCGCAUCCUUCUGACCGACACCGCCGCGCAAAUCCAGUCGAAAAUCCGCUCCGCCGUGACUGACGGACUCGGCGAGCUCACGUACGACCCGGAAAACCGCCCGGGAACGGCUAAUCUGCUCACCAUCCUCGGCGCCAUCACCGGGCAGGACGACCUGCACGCGCUCGCGGCGCGCUAUGCCGGCAAGGGCCACGCCGAGCUCAAGGCGGACACGGCGGAUGCGGUGGAGGAGGCGAUAAAGGGCCCGCGGGCGGAGUUUGAGCGCCUCAGGAAGGAGACGGCAUACUUGGAGGAAGUGGCGAGGGAUGGGGCGCGUCGUGCGAGAGAAAAGACGGCCGGGACGAUGGCGGAGGUGAGGGCGAGGGUAGGUCUAGCUUGACGAGGUGUGUCGGCAUCGGAAUCCCAACUCCUUGUCAGCGACGA